GCAAGUCUAAAUCAUUGACUGAGUUAUGCCUAUAGUCAGUAUCUAAACUUUAAAGUAAGGAAUUAGGUUAGAUCCGAAUUCACUGCGUAUUUCGUUUUAAAAUCCAUCUGUGAUUAUUACGAUAUUAUAUCAAAUAUCACAUAUUUAUAAGAGGUUAAAAUGUUUCGAGUCAGCGUAAGAGCUGUUCGUAAUGCUUUAGGAAGUAAAACUUUUGCAAACGCACCGGCUCAGGAACAAGCACUCUCGACAGCCUUUAAAAUUCAAGAUCCAAAAGAUUUUAAUGAUCGUGUAAAAAAUUCUAAAGUACCCGUGAUCGUUGACUUUUUUGCAACAUGGUGCAACCCCUGUCGCAUGCUUACACCACGCAUAGAAUCAGUAGUUGCUGAAAAACAAGGAAAAGUUUUAUUGGCGAAAGUGGAUAUUGAUGAGAACAGUGAUCUUGCGUUGGAUUAUGAGGUAGGGUCUGUUCCUGUAUUAAUCGCGAUGAAAGACGGGAAGGUUUUAGAUAGAAUUGUUGGCCUUCAAGAUGUAGAUAAACUUAAACAAUUCGUAGAUAAAUAUACAGAAUAAUGUAGUUUGUUUUGACCGUAACUUUGUUAUGUAGUCAAUAAGAUAUUGUUUUAUAAUAUCUUAUCAGGCAAUAAUUGUAUAUUAAAAAAUGUCAUUCUUUUGUAAAAUGAA